AUGCAGAAUUCUGGUUAUGGUGGCAACACCAGCAACAACAGCAACAGAUACCCUCCCAGAGGACCUCCUCAAGCUGGAAGAGUGUUCAUGAUGCAAAGAGAGGAAGCUGAGGCUGAUGACACCGUCAUUACCGGUACCUUUCCUGUUAACUCUGUAUCGGCUUAUGUUUUAUUUAACUCUGGAGCUUCUCAUUCAUUUAUAUCUACGUCAUUUGCUAAAAGUUUAAAAGCUAAAUCAUGUCCUGAAUUCUCAUCCAUGUCUGUCACCCUUCCAAAUGGUGAAUCUGUUCCAUGUAAAAUCCUAUAUAGGGAUUGUCCUAUCCUCAUAGAAAAGUGUGAAUUCCUCGUGGACUUAGUCCAGUUUGACCUGACCGACUUUGAUGUGAUUUUGGGGAUGGAUUGGUUGUCUAAGUAUAAAGCCGACAUUAACUGCCUUGAUCAUGAGAUUUCUCUUAGAAGACCAGAUGGAUGUAAAGUUUCCUAUCAAGAAGAAAACCAAGCCCAAAACCAUCUCUACCGCGAAGGCUUUCAAAUUACUAGCAAAGGGGUGUUACGGAUUCUUAUGCCAUGUGGUUGA